UUGGAGACUAUUCUCGCAGUCUAUAGAAGACUAUUUGAGUUACCCACAAAAGAAAAAAUACCACUACAUUUAAAACAGUAGGCAAAAAUUUUAUCGCGAGAGCUGAAAAUGGAGAAGAUAGAGCACAAGUACGUACCAGUCAACGGCCUGAAGCUCCACGUGGCGGAGAUCGGUAGCGAGUCGUCGCCGGCGGUGGUGUUCCUCCACGGAUUCCCGGAAACCUGGUACUCGUGGCGGCAUCAGAUGAUCGCCGUCGCCGGAUCCGGGUACAGAGCGAUUGCGCCCGAAUACAGAGGGUUUGGGCUGUCCGACCUGCCGCCCGAACCCGAGAAGACCACAUUCCUGGACCUGGACGCUGACCUCCUCGCGCUUCUUGAUGCUCUCAACCUCUCAAAGGUGUUUUUGAUUGGUAAAGAUUUCGGAGCUGCAGUUGUAUCCAUAUUCACCCUUCUCCACCGUGACCGAGUAUUAGGAUUCGUGACAAUGGGUGUACCGUUCAUGCCCCCGCGUCCACCCACACACCAUCACAACCUCCCUGAGGGCCUCUACAUUUCAAGAUGGAAGGUGCCCGGGCGUGCGGAGGCUGAUUUUGGCCGAUUUGAUAACAAAACGGUCGUUAGGAACAUUUAUAUAAUGUUCUCUAGAAGUGAACUACCGGUUGCACGAGAAGACCAGGAGAUCAUGGACCUAGUCGAACCAAACGAGCCCUUACCUUAUUGGUUUACCGAGGAAGACUUAGCGAUUUAUGGAGCCUUGUACGAGAAAUCAGGUUUCCGAACUGCACUUCACGUCACUUACAGUUACUGUCAAAAGUUAAUAGGCUGUGUUUGGUCAAUGGAUACACGGUACGACAUAUCAGAUCCUAUAGUAAAUAUUCCGGCUAUGUUGAUUAUGGGGGAGAAGGAUUAUGUGAUGAAAUUUCCAAGAAUAGAGGACUACAUUAGGGGUGGGAUGGCAAAAUCGUACGCACCCAAAUUGGAGAUUGUAUUCGUACCUGAAGGAAGUCAUUUUGUUCAAGAGCAGUCGCCGGAUGAAGUGAACAGUCUAAUCCUUAACUUCCUCAAAAGCCACAAUUAAUCAUCAGAAUGAGGUGUAACUUGUGUAGUGUGUGAUUCUGAGAAAAUUCCAUCAUGUGAGGGGUCUGUAAUGGAAGAUGAAAAAUCAAUAAGGUAGUAGUGUUGAGAAAGAUCUUUGUUGCUUUGGUUUUCGGCAGGAGCUCAGUUUUCCACAAUUCUUUUAAGGCCAACCACUAGCAAAAUAUUCAUUCUUACUAUGACUGCAUAUCUAUUGCUCUAGAUUAGGGAAAUCAUAUGAAAACAAGUGCUGCCCCCAAAUCCUCUUUUUGGGAGAAUUAACUAGUCUAGUAGAAAGAAUAUAACGAAAAUUCUAAUAGAUAUAGUUCCGG